AUGUUGAACUAUAUGGUAGGAUCUGAUAAUUCAGAAAAUGGUAUGAUCUGUUACUACGGAGAGGAUGACAUAGUUGGUGGGUAUCCCAAGAGGAAGUUUGAAGAGAGUGAGGAGGGAUUUGAGAAAGGAACUAGAAAAAAAAGAUAUAUAUUGGGACAAAAUGUGGGAAAAUGGACGGAUGAGGAACAUAACCGGUUUGUAUUAGCAUUAAAAAAGUUUGGAAGGAACUGGACUUUAGUACAGCAAGAGGUUAAAACUCGUACUCUCGUUCAAAUCAGAUCCCACGCUCAAAAAUACUUCUUGAAAAAGGUCAGGGGAAUUGCUCCAUCAACUUUGACUAUGGAUUCAAAGUUGAUCUCAACAGCUUCAGAUGGAAUUGUUCCAACAUGGCUUCUCCAAGAUGAUUCUAAUUAUGCUAACAAAACCUCAAUCAAUACAAGUAGUAACAUCAACCCAAAUAAUACUAUAGUAAAUACAAAUGGAAUAGGUAACUCUGGGAAGGAUCCGAACAACCUUGGAAACAUGAAUUUAUAUAUAUAUAACGAACCUUCCAAUCCUGAAUUACCUAUUAUUGAUGAACCAGUUAAUUUAGUAAAUGUUUGUAAUAGUAAUGGAAAUAGUAAUAAUAAUAAUAAUAAUAAUAACACUAAUAGUAUUAACAAUGAUAAUAACUGUGUAAAUGACAAUAUUAAUAGUAACGAUAACAUAAAUGUAAAUUGUAAUUCCACUUUGGAUGGCUCAAAUUUGGUGAUGUCUGGAGGGAUGAUUGGGAAUGUGAAUAUCCUUGGAAGCCCAAUUCUAGAAUCUGGAGGGCUUUCUCCAGAUAUAAAAUAUAGCAACUACAUGAGUAACAGUUUAUUAGUUGAUGAUCAGAGAGACCAAUGCGGAUAUCAUGAUUAUAGAACAAAUUUAAUGGACCUUAAAACUGAGAUGACCCCUAAAUUUGAUUAUAUUCCUCAAGGAGGAGGUUCAAUAUCCAAGCAAGUUGUUAAUGACUGUAUUUUUGAUGAACCUUAUUGUGAUAAGCGUGUACCUGUAGAUUCCAAUAGCUUGGUCUCAACAGCUAUUUCUAGUCCAGCUUCAAUUGGCCCAGAAAAGAACUACAUUCCCGCAUCCUCUAUGGGACUAGAUAUGUUAUUAAUGCCUCCCACUGUAGAUUUGAAACAGAAUAAUAAUGGUAGUCAGCAUUCUUACCCAAAAGGACUCAGUGGACCCUCAAACAAUAGUUGCAGUGAUAACAACCCACAUGGUAAUUCUAAUGAUGUUAAUAGUAGUAAUAAUAAUAAUAAUAAUGUAAUUAGGAAUAGUGUGGGAACAAUAUCUAAUUCAACAAAUUAUGGAUUCAAUUAUAACUUUGAAGACAGUGAAAAUGUAAUAAAUCCUUCAAUAUCACUCUCAAACUGUGAUGUACCCUGGCCACUAACUGAGAGUGAUCAAUUUCUACACUUCAACGAUAAUGACAAUGCCAUCUCAUCAUCACCUUCAGCUUCAUCCUCUAUUUCCUAUUUGGACUUAGACUCCUCAGCUGAAGCCAAACAAUAUUCUAUGGGUAUCUCAACAACUCCAAACAAACGAUAUGACAUUGGAAAUACAUUUUCUGAUUUUGUUUAUUGUGGAGAUUCUUUAGGAAUUGAUCUCUUAAAUGUUUACACCAAUUUAAGAGAUUCUUCUAGCCCUAUUAUAGAUAAUGCUGAUGUUACCGACUUUAUUUAA